CUCUCUCUCUCCCGGCGGCGGGCGGCGGGCGGCGGCGGCGCCAUCAUGUUCGUGCAGGAGGAGAAGAUCUUCGCGGCCAAGGUGCUCCGCCUCCGCCUGUGCGCCCUGGACGGGGCCGAGUGGCUGGAGGAGGUGGCCGAGGACACGCCGGUGGAGCGCCUCAAGGAGCGCGGCCUCAAGCACUGUGUGCCUGGGAGUUUGGAGGAUCCCAAAAUUGUAACACGUCAUAAAUUGAUCCAUGCUGCUUCAGAGAAGGUGCUGAGUGACACAAAAACCAUCUCGGAGGAAAACGUUAAAGACAGAGAUGUUUUGGUGCUAAUGAAGAAGAGAGCUCCUCCUGCCCCUCCCAAAAUGGCUGAUGUUUCUGAAGAGGAAAAGCGGAAGCUGGAACAGAAAGCUCCAGAUAAGGAGGCGAUUCUGAAAGCCACCACCAGUCUCCCAUCCCACAGCGUGGACCGCAGCGUGGCUCACCACAGCAUGAGGGAUUUCCAGACAGAGCUUCGGAAGAUCUUAGUCUCUCUUAUAGAAGUUGCCCAGAAGUUGCUAGCGUUGAACCCUGAUGCAGUGGAACUAUUUAAGAAGGCAAAUGCCAUGUUAGAUGAGGAUGAGGACGACAGAGUGGAUGAGAUUGCCUUGCGCCAACUGACAGAAAUGGGGUUUCCAGAGAGUCGAGCUGCCAAAGCCCUUCGUUUAAGCCACAUGUCUGUGACUCAGGCCAUGGAGUGGCUAAUUGAACAUGCAGAUGACCCAGCGGUUGAUGCCCCUCUACCAGGUCAGUUCUUGGUCGAAAAUGCAGCAGGAACAGAUGCAUCCACCAUUCAGGCAGUUGCUGGGGCAAGCCUUGAUGUGAACAGAGAAGAGCCGAAGGAUGAUCUGACAGAGAUAUUCAAGAAGAUACGCAGGAAAAGAGAGUUUCGUCCUGAUCCACGGGCCGUCAUUGCCUUGAUGGAGAUGGGCUUUGAUGAAAAAGAGGUGGUGGACGCACUCAGAGUGAACAGCAACCAGCAGAAUGCAGCUUGUGAGUGGCUGCUGGGAGACCGGAAACCUACUCCUGAGGAUUUAGACAAGGGAAUUGACCCUUCCAGUCCCCUCUUCCAAGCCAUCCUAGAAAACCCAGUUGUACAGCUAGGUCUAACAAACCCUAAAACGCUACUUGCCUUUGAAGAUAUGCUUGAAAACCCCUUAAACAGUACUCAGUGGAUGAAUGAUCCAGAAACGGGGCCUGUCAUGUUACAGAUUUCUCGUAUCUUCCAGACACUCAACCGUACAUAGAAGGGACAACUCAGUCUGCCCCUUUCGGACUCUGAUCUUGGCUUUGCAGUUUCUGAACAAUAGGAGGCUCCAACUGUCAGCUGAGACAAAGUGAAUGAAAGCAAUGUUUGGGGCGUUUUGUCUUCUUUGCAUAGGUGUAUUGAAAACAGAACAUUUAAACAAAAUUGGCUUACAUGCUGUGUGAUUUUAGUGUUAAUCUUAGAGGGUUUGAAAACUUGAGAGGGGAAUGUUUUCAAGUGUUUAUAUAGAAACAUAGGAUGAUACAUCCAAAUAUAGAAAGGAUUUUACAACUGUCUUAAAAUCUGAUAAUGUGCAGAAUGAUAAAACAGCUCCUGUUCUUAAUUUUCUGGGUAGUAACAUGUAGAGAUCACUGAUGCCAGUUUUCUGGCCAGUAGGAUGUGCUCCAAGUUACAGUUUACAGAUCAUAAUCAUACUGUUCACCUCUGCUUACUAUUAAGGUGAACACUUUGAGUGUUCUAUUUUUAUUAAAUGUGGCAUGAAAGAUUGGGAAAGAAGGCGUGAUGCUGUGGCCCAUUCCCACAUGUUUAUAGUACAUUAAGAAUUGUCCUAUUACAGAAUCAGACCCAUGAAAUCCAAGCCUUGGUUUACAGCAUCAAUUUGUAUCUGGAAUUCUUUCAGUGAGAGGGAAACACACUUCGUAAACACCUUGAUGUACAAGUAGGCAAUCCUGUUGGCCUGAGUGCCAACAAAGCAGUCUACCUGUGAAGAUGUUGUACCAGCAUAUGGGACGAGAAGAGCUAUACAUGGGAAGCAAGCAGUGCUACCUACCAGCUCCUCAGAGGCUUACCUUGCACCUGGGUGAGGGUCCAGGCUAUGGGUUUGGCGUAAACCAAGCCCAUAACCUUUUCCCAUGCCACUGAGCCCAGAAACACAGCCAGUCCUUUGGGUUUCCCUUGGUUGCUUGGGUGGAAAACUGGCCCCAAAUGCCUAGCAAAAUGGUCUGGCAUGCUGCUGUCCUGUAUGUCUUCUGGGGAUGGCCUGCCAUUGCCUUAGUGCAAUCUGCAUUUCCCAGAAUUACCUAGAAGUUUCGCAGAUUAAUGAUGCUGCUGAAACUUGGAAUGGUGGUGAUUCUGAACUUGAUCAGCUGGUAUAUUCCAGUGUAAGUACCACCCCCACCCCCACCAAAGUUCUCCAGUUUGGAUUAUCUCCCAUGGUCUGUCUGUUCCAGGCAGCAAAGAGAAAGGCUUCCAGAACUCCCUUGCUGCUGCUGCCACCACCCAGCUGGGUAAGAGAAGGGGAGAGUGAGGGGGCCAUGCUUUUGGAGGCGAAACGUGUCAGUCUGCCCCUUUUGGGAGACACGGCAGUUCAGGAGCCAGGCCUCCCAACUAGGGGUUGUUUCCCAGUCGCCUUAAACAAGCCCCAGAGUGUGUUUCCACCUGAGAAAGGGGGGGGGGACUCUGAUGCAAAUUUACUCUCCAACAGAAAAUGUGGACUCAAAGAACUCAACAUAUCCUCUUUUUUGUCAGUAUAUUAAAAAUGAAAGCAGAUUAAAUAACGGCAUGAAAAAAGCAAA